GGCCGCACCGGUAGGAAGUUUAUUUCCGAAGUCCCCCAGAGUAACCGGGGGUGGAAGGAAAAGUUUGUUUUCAUCGAGUUUCCCCCUUUCGUCACUCCCCUGGCCGGUCUUAAAUGGAACGACCAUCUGCUUAAUCAAGAGUACGCUGCACCGGCCUCCGCUCCUGACUUGGAAGCGAGUCUCGAGGUCCUCAUGCGCCGAGAUCCUUUCACCGGGAGGGUUUUUCAUUACGGCAGCUGGGUUUGGAGGGUCGAGUCGGGUGGUGAGGGUACCUCCCAGGCCCAUGAAGCAGCGGGGCGCGGGGUACCCUCCCCGGGCAACACUGCAGAGGCCGAGGGCUGGAACCACCCAGGGGAGAUCGGGCCCUAUGCAGUUGAGCAGCUGGGGAUGGGGUCUCCUUCGGAGGUUGCCCGGCUGAAGAAAGAGAACGAAGAGAUGGGCUUCAUCUUAAAGAGCCAGGCCAACGAGUUGACUCGGUUAUCCGGAAUGGCCGGGGCGUUGAAAGCUGAAGUCUCCCAGCUCAAGGAGGAGAACGGCCGGCUUAUGGAUGAAGUUUCUGAGGCUAAGAGGGAAAUGGCGGAGAAGGAAGAAACCUUCCCCGGGCGCGCAGCCGCCUGGGUUGAAGAGAACAAAGCCGAUGCUGCCCGGGUGAUGACGGCGACUCCGGAGGCCACCAUGGAAUCCUUCAGGUUUCUGUACCGGGAGCCUGAGGGAAGGAAAAUGAUAACCGCGAUUGGAUCUUUUGGUUCAAGAGCGAGGGAAAUGGCGGAGAAGGAAGAAACCUUCCCCGGGCGCGCAGCCGCCUGGGUUGAAGAGAACAAAGCCGAUGCUGCCCGGGUGAUGACGGCGACUCCGGAGGCCACCAUGGAAUCCUUCAGGUUUCUGUACCGGGAGCCUGAGGGAAGGAAAAUGAUAACCGCGAUUGGAUCUUUUGGAUUCAAGAGCGGUCAGAAGAAAGACCGGAUUGCCUCCCACCGGGUAUUGCUGAGAAGGGACCCGGAGUUUAGCGCUGCUUCUUAUGGCCUGGCACCUAUCCCGAAAGAAGAACCCACUCCCCCCUUCCCCCUCGAAUGAACUUUCCGGCUGCGCCCGGUUGAAUUGUUUUGUAAAAAACUUCAAACCCAUUU